GCGCGAACCCAAAAAAAAGAGCUGAACGCCGACGACAACAGAACUUUUCCCGACCACAACAUGGAUCCCCAGCAAUAACAUCCAGCGCCCUCUCCAGACCUCGAAGCAAAAGCCCGCACCGUCCCCAACCCCCCCUCCACCGACAAGAUGGCCACUCCCGUCCGGCUCCUCGUCUGCUCGAUUGGGAACCCCGGGGUAUACAUCAACACGCUGCACUCAGCCGGACACACGGUAGUCUCCUCCCUAGCCACGACGCUGGCUUACCCGCCCUUCCAGAAGAUGCGCGCCUACGGCAACGGGCUCGUAUCCGCGGGGAUAGACCACACGCUCUGGCAGUCAUCGUCAGCAAUGAACGUAUCAGGCGUUGGGGUCGCCGCGGCAUGGCGGCAGUUCCUGAAGGACGCGCGGGGCGAGGAGGCCAAGCUCGUCGUGGUGCACGACGAGAUGGAGCUUAAGCUGGGGGAGGUCAAGGUCAAGAGGGGGGACCUGAGCCCCAAGGGCCAUAAUGGGUUGAAGUCUAUCAAGGAGGUGUUGAAGGGGGUGGAGUAUACGAGGAUUGGGGUGGGUAUUGGGAGGCCCGAGAGUAGAGAUCCGAACGUGGUGGCCGCGUACGUGCUUAGGAAGAUGAGCGCGGUGGAAAAGGCAAAGAUCGAGGCUUGUACGGAGAGAGUGGCGAUGGAGCUGAAGAAGCUGGCGGGGAGUUAAAAAGUCGGAAUGGAGGCUUCUACGGAUAUACCAAGUUCCUACAGCUCUACUGGGGAAAGCGAAAAGACCGAGAACGAUUCAAGCCAUGAGGAGAGCAUGAUGGGAUCUCUUGGCCCCAAGCACAUUAUAUGAUCUGUACAGGUAGUGACACGGUGGUGGAUCCUGUCGAAACGCAGCCGCCCUCUUCAAUCACUUGGGCUGUCAAAUCUGACCGACCUAACCUUCACUUGAUCUCGGGAGUCAGAGAUGGAUGAUGAAGACGUUGCUCCAGAGCGCUGUAUCAAGGCAUCUACUGAAAGACUAUUUGUGAGGUGGUUUGGAUAUGCUUUGGCUUAUUGGAGCUUCGAACAGAUAGACACUACACGCCGGGAUCAACAGCUGGGCGUACUCUGGAUGGUACUAGACAAUACAGUUACUAUACACCAACCUCACCAG